AUGGCCUCAGAAGCACCAAGGGAGGAUGCAGAACUUGCAGCUGAGCCUCCUGCAGCUCCUGUGCAGGGGGACAGGACAUUCCAGUGGGGAUCCAUCCUUGCUGCAGUGAAGGACCAGCUCCCAUCCCUGGACUCUGACUCCUCCACAUCUGAUUGUGAGAGUGAUGAGGAGCUUUUCAUCUUCCAGCGGGACCUGCCCAACUUAAUUCCAGACCUGUCAGAGGAACUGAUGAUGUUUUCCCUGGAAGACUCCCAGGAGCAGGAGACAGAAAGACUUCCAUGGGAGAUCUGGAACGAAGACCUGGAAAGUUUUGACUUUCAGGAAAAAACAGAUGGUGCCCAAAUCAUUGCAGAAGAAGAUGUACAAAUGAUUAAAGAUGAGGCUCCUGAACCUGCCAGCCAGACUGAAGAAAUGCCAAGCCAAAAGAGAGUUGUUCUUGAAGAGUCUCCCUCAGAUUCCACAGAUCACCUUGAGGAGAAAGAAAUGGGCAGGACACAGGCCAAGGAAGGAGCAAACUCCUGGCCUAACACAGCAGUGUGUGUGCAAGAGCUGUACAGUAAAGAGGAGAGAAAAAAGCUGAUAGAGACAAAGAUACUGUCCAAGAUCCUUGUGGAGCCAUCCCCAAAGCAGGAUGUCAGGCCUCCCUCUCAUGGCAUCAACAGCAGCCUAGGAAGAUUUGCAAAGGCAGAAACCUCCUCAGCUGAGCAUCUUGGAGAAGUGAUCCAUUUGUCACUGCAGACAUUUGAAAAGUGGAAUGUAGACAAGAAUCUUGAGGAGCUGGAGCAGCAGGGAGAUAAAACUCGUGCAGAAGUUGCUUUCUUCCCAGCAGAUUAUGAGGCCUUCAGGAGGAAGUGUGAAGAGGAGCUCAUGGAAAGGCUGGGAGAGCUGUGUGCCAGGCAGCCCAGGGCAGUGUCCCCUCCCUGUGAGAGGCCACCAGCCAAGCUCUGCUCCCUCCAGGGACAGCAGGACAAUCAGGAUGCUGCCUUGCUGUCAUCCCCACCAAGUUCUCUGAGGAUGGGCAGGAGGAGUUUCCAGGACCUGCCAAAACGUGCAACUGUGUACAUAGAUUUGAGAGAUGCUGAGCCACCAAAGCCAGUGACAGUCCCUGAAGAGGAACAAAGUGCAAGUGACAGCUCCUCCUCCUCCUCUGAAGAAGAAGAAGAAGAGACUGUGACAAUUCAGGAUGAAGCAGAAAGGAGAAUGAGGAAUUGCUCAGGGAAGAGCCUGUUACUGCAACAACUCCGAGCAGCCCGUAGGAAGGCCUUGGAGCUUCUUCAGAAAACGUCUGUUCCAGCUGAGAAACUGCAUCCAGAAAGGCUGCAAGACACAGCUUCCUCUAAUAAAAGUCAAAACCAAUCUUGUAAAGUGAGGCAAGAGACAAAUGAGGUGGUUCCCAGGAAACUGAUGAGAUUGGAACCAGACAAGGAAAGUCCCCUCUUUUCAAGCUGUGGGGGUGGCAGAGCUGACCCAGAGAAAGAGAACAAAAUGGAAGCUGAGAAGAUUCCAAAUGCAGGAAAUGCUCCAGAGUGUCCUCUAAUUACAGCAGAAUUGCCAAGGAGAGAAGGAAGUGACAGAGAGCUAUCCCAAAAGGAAGAGGAGAUGGAGAGGCAGAGGAGAUGCAGAUUGCAGGAGCAGCUGGAGCAGUGGCAGCCUCAGCGCUCGGUGUGGGGGAAGCAGCCCAUGGCAGAGAACACCCCGCUCCUGUUCCACAGGGUCAGUGCCUCAGGGGGAAAAUCCCUGACAAAAUCCAUCUUUGCCAUCCAGAGUGGUGCUGAAGUGCUGGACAUUCUACUACUGGGACAGUUACCCUGCAUCAGCACGGUCUGCCUGAAAGAAGCCUCUUUUUUGCCAGCUAUUGCCACGUUGCCUGGCUCCUGCAGUGUGGAAAAGGAGAUGCUGCUGCUGACCAUUUGGCUGGCAAGUUGUGGCCAAGUGGCCACGGAUCAGUGUGAGGGGCAGAUGCCUGACAAGGUGCUGGGAGCAGCCAACAUCUACCAGGCCCUCGUGACGUGGCUGCUGUCCCUGGUGCCUCCUUUGAAGAGGAAGGAUGGUCCCAAAGCUCCAUUUGAGGUGGUGGGGCUGCAGCAGGCCUGGACAGAGGAAGGCUUGGCCCUCUACGCCUGCCUGGUGGCACCAGAGGAACCUUCAGGCCAGAGCUGCCCCCAGAGCCACGAGGCAGCAACUGCAGAACAUCUCCAGGGAACAUCCAGCUUUUACCAGAAGAUUUCUGCUUUUCUGACCUCUACAUGGCUUCCAGAUCUUAUUUGGUGGAGAGAUCAACUGGCCAGUCACUUCCAAAAGCAGCUGUGCCCACUUGUUCCUGCAAUUCCCUCUGUCCUGCUCAGUAAUAUCAUUACUGUUAAUCCCGACCCUCAGGCUGUGGAGAAGGCGUUUGCAGUGCCAAAGGGAUUUUACUGGCAGACAGUUGAGAGUGAUGACAAACACUUCCCUGACAGCAGUGCCAUGGAGGCUUGCAGAGACACAGACAUCGAGGUUGCCAUGGUGCUGCUGUUUGAGGCUCUCUUCCAAAGCCCCCUGGAGACCCAUCACACUCUGAGGCUGCUGCUGGGCUCUGGGCUGGAUGUCUGCGGCCUCCGCCUGCUCUACCCCAGCCGGGAGCUGCUGCUCUCCAGCUCAGAAAAGCUGCCUUCCUCCUACACUUCAGAGCCUGGCAAGGUGCCCCCAGUGCUGGCAUUAGGUGUGAGAGGCCCCAAAGCCCAUGGAAUCCUGCAGGACAUCGCCCGAGGCUGUGGCAGGGCGGAGCCUGUCGUGUCCCUGCCCCUGCCCAGCCGGCUGCACCGGGAGCUGUGCCUCUGCUCUCAGAGACCUCCACCAGCUGGGGCAGGAGCAGAUGAAGAAAAAGUUGACCUUCAGGGCUUGAUGCUGCCUCGACCUCCAGCCAUGCUUGUCUCAACUACCAAAGGGGACAUCAUUCUGCUGGUGUCACCUGUGGUGCCUCCAUGUGCCUAUGGGGCUGUGCUUUCCGCCUGUGCCCGCCGGGGCUUUGUGCUGCAAGGACUGCGGCAGCUGCAGCUCUCAGCACAGCAGGGCCUUAUUGCUGUCUUUUGCCCUGGCAAGAGUUCAGGCUCACCUGCUGGUGCUGCAGGAGGAGAAGUCCCUGGUGAGCCCCGCAGGCACUGCCUGGUGCUGCUGCUGAGGAAGGAGAAUGCCACACAUCACAUCCCUGCCCUGCUGACAGUUCCCAGCAGAGGGCACAGCAUCCCCCCUGCAGCUGCUGGACAGGAGCUGUCGCUCUGCUUCCACGGGGCUCCGUACGCCGCGGCCGCGCUGCACAGCCUGGGAGGAAACCUCAGCGCGGUGCCAGAGCCCCAGCCCAUCCCUCUGGAUUUCCUGUGCCACCGAACUUUCGCUGCUGAGCCUGGCAUGGAGCAAGUGGUGAUGCUGACACUGGUGGGGAUGCAGGCCCUGAAGAGUGCUGGGGAGCUCCUCCAGCAGAUCCUGCUGCCCCCCCUCAGGGAAAAGCCUCAGAGUGCAGCAGAGCCUGAUUCAGGACUCGAGCUGCUGGGCCUGAAGUGGCUGCCCCACCUGACUUGGUGCCAGGCCAGGGAGGUGACCCCUUUUGAGGCUGGGGACACUCACUGGCAGAGCAGCCUGGGCACGCUGACGUGCAGCCCCGUCCUGGUGUGCGCGCUCCGCGGCAUCGACGCCUUCCAGGCCCUGGGAGCUGCCCUGCAGGGGUGGACACAGGGCAGGGACAGGCUCAGCACAGGGGACAGCCUCCCACAGGCACUCAUGGCCUUGACCCCAGAGGUGACCUUCAGACAAGCCAUCCUCUUCUUCACAGAGGCAGAUUUAGUAACAGAUGCAGAACACCGCCCUGCUGGGAAAUUCCUGCCACCACCUGGCAGGAGCCCCAGGACUGAAGGGAAGACCACAGGUAGGUGCCGAGCAGAAUCCCUGUUUUCCUUCCUUCAAGCAGGGGCACAGCUUCUCUGCACAGUGCUGCUGAUCAAACCUGGGGUGUGGAGCCAGGGGCUGCCCAGGAUCCUCCGGGAUCUGCACCUGGAGAAAUUCUGCGUGGUUGGGAUGAAGCACCUGGAGCUGGGAGCGGCUGCUGCUGCCUCUCUGCUGCCCUGUGAGCUGCAGCAGGAUCCAGCUGCUGUAGAAGCUCACUGUGCCUACCUGACCUCGGGCACUGCCCUCGUGCUGUGCCUGCAGAGGCCCAAUGCUGUGAAGAAGCUGAUGGAUCUCCUGGGACCAGAGGAUCCUCAGCUGGCCCAGGCACUGGAUCCACGCCUCUGGAGGGCUCAGUAUGGUACCAGCACAGUCCAGAAUGGAUUUUAUGGCUCCAGGUCCUAUGCAAUGGCAGUGCAGGAUGUGAAUCUGUUUUUCCCAGAAGGGCUGUGCUGUGCCCAGGGUCAGCCAGUGCAGGAGCAAGAGAUCCAUAACCUGAAACACGACCCUAUCCUCAGCCUGGGAAUCAGGAAGCAGCACAAGAUCCUCACCCAUGAGCCAGGGAAACAUCCCAGUGUCCUGGGCUCUGAGCAGCCAGGCAGUCCUGGCCAGGCCCUGCUGGAACAGCUGUGGCACAGCACGUGCCUGGUGCUGCCCGGGCUGAUCCUGCGGGGCUCGGAGCCGCCCCCGUACGUGGCGCUGCUGGAGGAGCUCCUGGGCAGAGGCUUCGUGGUGACUGCAGCUCGUCUGGCUGUGCUGGACUCAGCCCAGGCUCUCUGCAUCUCCCAGAUGCUCAGCAGGGCCAAGGGAAGCGUUGCAGCAAAGUGCUCCCUGCUGAAGGAUGGGUUCUGCCUGGUGCUGGCAGCACAGUGGGACAGCUCUGUCACCUCCCUGGGCUCCCUGCUGGACAGUGCCUGCUGGCAGAACCAGUCAGCCCUGGACACUGCAGAGCAUCUCCUUUAUCCCCAAAAUGAGAAUCAGGCCCAGGAGCUGCUCUGCUGCUUUUUUGACCCCCUGACAUCAGAGAGCAUCCACCGAAUUGAGGCCCAGGACUGCUAG